AUGGCGGCGGCGCAGCAGCCGCACCCGCUGCCGCCCGUGCCGGCGGAGGGGGCGGCGCCCCUGGCCGCGCCCCUCGCGGCGCUCUGCGACCACGUGCAGGCCGAGGGAUUCGGCUCCGGCGCCUUCUCCGACGUCGUCGUCGAGGCCAUGGGCGACACCUACCGCCUCCACCGCCUCAUCAUCUCCCGCAGCACCUACUUCAGGAAUAUGUUGCAUGGUCCAUGGAGAGAAGCUGGAGCACCUGCAGUGAUCUUGCAUAUAGAUGAUUCUAAUAUUGAUUCAGAGGCAAUUGCCAUUGCCUUGGCAUAUCUUUAUGGGCAACCCCCUAAGCUUAAUGAUAACAAUGCGUUUCGUGUACUAGCAGCUGCAUCAUUUCUGGAUCUUCAGGGCUUGUGUACAAUCUGUACAGAUUUUAUUAUUUCUGAGCUUUGGACAUCAAACUUUUUACAAUAUCAGUUGUUUGCGGAAAGCCAAGACUAUGGUAGUCAUGGAGAGCGUGUCAGAAAUGCUUGCUGGGGUUAUCUUUGUCAAAGUGCCACACUGGAACUACGAGAGGUGCUUCCAAAACUUUCUUCACAAACUUUGCAUGCUCUCCUUACAUCUGACGAACUGUGGGUACCUAAUGAGGAGAAACGGUUUGAACUAGCAUUAUUUGCUCUACUGGCAAAGGUCACUGUUUCUGAUGUAGAAGUUAGCGGAAACGAAAAUUUGGACCAUAUGGCAAGCUCAUCAACUGUUGAUUGUUCCAUGGGAAAGGGAAAGAGUCUGAUGAAUGAAACUGGUGAGAAGCAGCUAAUGGAAUCUGAACUGCAGAAGUUGAAGUUGCAUGAUAACAUGCCGAGUAAAACUGCCAAUAACAUUAUUGAUGUUCCAAAUGUUGUAAUUCCGCAGGAUAGCACACCGCACUCCAUUCCACAAAAUGCUGAAGCUUCCAAGAGGAUGGAGAAUGAUAUUUCUACAGGAGGACCAUCUGCAGAAAGCACCUCUUAUCAAUUUAACGAAAAUAUGUGGCUUUCUAAUGAGCAAACAAAGAAUUACUUCUCAAGAACUUCUUCAAGUAAUGUAUUAGUUCCAUGUGAGUGGGGAAGACCCACUGCACCUCUUUGGGGUGGUAGGGUUGUUGGUCGACGGCAGGUUAGAUGCAGCAGGGGAAGUUCUUUGUCUGCUGAUGAAUAUAAUACUUUCAUGAAUAUAUUUGAAAGGGGUUCUCUUCUCUAUUGCAAUAUGUCAUUUGAUGCACUGUUAAGUGUUCGAAAGCAACUUGAAGAAUUUGAAUUUCCUUGCAAAGCUGUAAACGAUGGUCUUUGGCUCCAGAUGCUCCUGUGCCACAGAGUGCAAGCAAUAGUUGCUGAUACUUGCAGAAACUGUUGCCUUACAAGUAAUUCUUGUGCUUGUAAACAAGCAUAUGUUGGUACACACAGCCACUACAGGCAGGAGCAUGAUAGGACAAGUGCUUCAGGAACUGCAGGUAGUAUCUACCUUGCAGAUGCCCAAGGCGAUGGGAAUGGUAUGUUUAGUCCUGUGCGUGUUAACGUAAGAGGAGCAGUUGAUGGACUUGCUGGCAUUGGGAGAGGAAACUCAAACGUGCCUGGCGCUGCUUGGGCUCCUACGCGUUAUGUCUUCUCUCGUGUUCCCUAUGGGCUUGGUUCAAGGAAUGGUCAGCAACCAUUUGCGAAUGAUGAAUCAGAACCUAGAGUUGACCACAAUGGAGAUAUUCCAGGAGAUGGUCUGACUGCAUUGGUCAAUCUUAGCCAAGAAAGCAAUGCUUCUCAUCAUCAGGCAGAAAGUAUUUUUGAGGCAGGCAUGCAAACUAGAUAUUCUGGUGCUGCUACUGUUUCUACACCAGGUGGUUCUUCUCUCCAGAUGCAAGAGUCAAAAGAGCACGAACUUGGGUCCAGUUGGGAAAGUGCAGAUAACACAGCUAUAUCCUUGGACAUGAGAACACCGCUUAGUCAUUUCCCCCCUUUCCGCUUUGGGGUUGAAUUUGAAGAUGUGCAUAGGCUUGCAGAUGGUCAAGUGAAACACUCAGCUGAAGUAUUUUACGCUGGCUCGCUAUGGAAGGUAAGUGUCCAGGCAUUCAAUGAUGAGGAUCCUCAUGGGCGGCGCACCCUUGGGCUUUUUCUCCACAGACGCAAAGCUGAAUUGUUAGACCCCUUGAGGAAGGCCCACAUGUACAUAGACCCCCGGGAAAAGGUUACUGCUCGGUAUCAGCUCAUCUGUCCAUCGAAGAGAGAGGUGAUGAUAUUCGGUAGCCUGAAGCAGGCCGGCACUCUCCUGCCCAAGGCUCCAAAAGGGUGGGGUUGGCGCACGGCCAUACUGUUUGAUGAACUUGCUGAUCUUCUCCAGGGUGGAGCCCUGAGAAUCGCCGCAGUAGUCCAGCUUGUCUAA